CCCGCCGUUUCUGGUGCGCGCUCGCAGCUGAAGUUUUUUCUUUUUCUUUUUUGCCGCAAAGGGGGAGCGCGCGCGCGAUUGAGAGAAAAAGAGCAGCCCAGAAGGUUUUUGUUUUUGUUUUAAAAAAGGGGGGAGAUCCAGUUUCUUCGUCUUCUUUUUUUUCCAAUGGCCAAAGGGGAAGGCGCAGAAAGCGUUUCGGCGGCUGGACUCUUACAGCAGAGCAUCCUAAAGCAAGAGGAGUUGAUACGUCCCAAGAGAGAAAACAGAGGAAAGUUAUCAGUAUGCAGUAAAGUAUGUUAUGCCAUUGGUGGAGCCCCUUACCAGAUUACUGGCUGUGCCUUGGGAUUUUUUCUGCAGAUCUACUUACUAGAUGUGGCACAGCUGGACCCUUUCUAUGCCUCCAUCAUUCUCUUUGUGGGCCGCGCGUGGGAUGCCAUCACCGAUCCGUUGGUGGGUUUCUUCAUCAGUAAAACCUCAUGGAGUCGCUUUGGACGCCUGAUGCCCUGGAUUAUAUUUUCCACUCCCUUUGCUGUGAUCUCAUACUUCUUGAUAUGGUUUGUGCCGGACAUCUCCCGGGGGCAGCUGAUGUGGUACCUUUUCUUCUACUGCAUUUUCCAGACCCUCGUAACGUGCUUCCACGUGCCGUACUCAGCCCUGACCAUGUUCAUUAGCCGUGAACAGAGUGAGCGGGACUCUGCCACCGCCUACCGUAUGACGGUGGAAGUGCUCGGUACCGUCCUGGGAACAGCCAUCCAAGGCCAGAUCGUGGGCAAAGCGGACACCCCGUGCAUUGCAGACCCGCUCCUGUUGAGCUUGGCAAACUCUUCGUCGGUGGUCAUGGAGGAGUUGAACAUCACCCAUGAAACGGGCUCACUCACAGAUACGAGAAACGCCUACAUGAUAGCCGCUGGUGUCAUUGGUGGGAUUUAUAUUCUUUGCGCCUUUAUCCUGACGGUUGGUGUGCGGGAAAAACGAGCGCCUAUUGAGCUCCAGUCAGAUGAGCCUGUUUCUUUCUUCCAAGGCUUGAAGCUGGUAAUGAACCACGGACCCUACAUCAAGUUGAUCGCUGGCUUCCUUUUUACGUCUCUGGGCUUCAUGCUGCUGGAAGGCAACUUUGCCUUGUUCUGUACAUACACCUUGGGAUUCCGCAAUGAUUUCCAGAAUAUUCUCCUGGCCAUCAUGCUCUCUGCCACUCUGACCAUCCCAUUCUGGCAGUGGUUUCUCACUCGCUUUGGAAAGAAAACGGCAGUCUACAUUGGCAUCUCGUCAGCCAUGCCAUUCCUCAUCUUGGUUGUGAUUCUGAAAAGUAACCUUGUUGUAACUUACAUUGUCGCUGUUGCAGCCGGGAUCAGUGUAGCUGCUGCCUUCCUUUUGCCAUGGUCCAUGUUGCCAGAUGUUGUGGAUGACUUCAAGCUUCAGCAUCCGGAUUCCGCUGGGCACGAAGCAAUCUUCUUCUCCUUCUAUGUCUUCUUCACCAAGUUUGCUUCUGGAGUGUCUCUUGGGAUCUCCACCCUCAGUUUAGACUUUGCUGGAUACAAGACCCGGGGCUGCAACCAACCAGAGGAGGUGCAUUUGACCCUGAAGAUGCUCGUCUCAGCUGCUCCUGUGGCUUUGAUCAUCGUUGGCCUCCUACUCUUCAAGUUGUACCCCAUUGAUGAGGAGAGGCGAAGGAAAAACAAGAAGGCACUGCAGGAUUUACGAGAGGAAGAAAGCAGUAACAGCAGCUCUGAGUCGGACUCCACAGAGCUAGCCAGCAUCGUUUGACCCCGGCUUUCCUUCGUUUCACUUGUUUACACACUGGGGGACCUUUAGACAGGAAGGGGCGGGUGCAGCCUCUGUCGCACAGGAACGAUGCUGACUUAUUCCCACAGAGGGGAGUAUUCUGCGACAUCCUUCUGGAAUGUUCUGGAGAAACAGCCAAACACUGGUCUAUGUUGUGCCUGCAUAUGGGAUUUCACUCAGCACUGAUCGUAUGUGUGUACAAUGCAGGACAGUAUUCAGUGCUGCGGUAAAGGUACCUCUUGAUGAAAUAAACACUGAUGCCAAGCCGAAUUUAGUUUGCACAUGACACAUGUCUUUGGAGCGGUGAUAUUCUAAGGGUGUUGCUACCCCUUGCCAACCCCACUAAUCCACCUGAUACCAUUGGCACUGAGUACAAGCGCAAGUCUCUGUGGUACCAUUAACUUUAUUAUUAUUUUUAUUAUUAUUGUUAUUUGUAUUGUGGACCCAUAUGGUGCUACUUAGUGUAUAUUACACUAUGGGCAAGGUGAACCCACCAAACUGAACCUCGUACAGGUUUGUAAAUCAGACAUGACUAAUGUAGAAAUAUCAAGUGUUUUGCUGUUUUUAUGUUUGUGUGUGCGUGCGUGUGUGUGCAUGUAGAGAGCCUAAUUAAUUGAAAUAACUUAAUUUUGUUGUAAAUACAAACUUGUUUUUUCCUCCAAUUUGUAUAUAUCUGUACAGCAAGAUGACUGUGAAACUAUUAAUAUAGUUGUAAUUAAAAUGCAGAAAUGACAUCCA